AUGGCAGAAUUCUGCUCAGGCCGGUUGUGUCCAGACUCCCGUCACUUACAAGAAACACUGUCCAGCCUGGAAUGGCCAAGCUGGCAAGCCCGGAUGGAUGAGGCAGGCAAAGACACUCAUCUCCCCUGUCUGCCCAUCACUCUCUCGCCGAGGUCUCCUUCAACGCUUGAUGUCAUGCAGAACGCCUCCCGUCAACAUUUGCUGAGGACCAAUUUUUGGGGAGUGGGCAGCUGCGGCCUGCUCGGCUGGCCUGGAGGAGGUAUGCUUUCUUGGAACUGCACGCGGAAUUUGAACAUGACAAUCUUGCUGCAUGGCCGUAUUCGGGGUUCGUAA